CGGACUGUCUCCGCCUCCUCCAGGGAAACUUGCGGGAGGAGAAAAGUUUGUUCAGAGGCUGGAAACGCCGAGAGCGAAGCUCGAAACCCGGCAACGGGAGAGGAAAAUGAACAGCCCCAGGUCAGAGCCCGAGGCCCAGUGGACCCCGUGCCGCCCCCAGAGCCCAAGGAGCGGCCUCAGUGGCAGCCGCCUUCUCCGGUAGCUGUCCGUUCAGCCCGCGGCUGGGAAGGAGGGAGCCCGGACCGUCGCUCAGUUCCACCUGCACGCGUGGCGACACACCUGGACUCUGACCUCCCGCACUAGACCAGCGGGCUCUGCAGAGCUGAGACUCGUCUUUGAAAGAAGGAGCGAUUAGUAAAUCAAACAAGAAACCCCAGACCGGUCUUCACUGACCCAUCCCGGCUAGCCUCUCUUGCUUUCCAAGCUCUUUUUAAAAGCAAGAUACACUGACCUCAGUUCCGGAAAGUUGGCAGCCACCGAUCCCCGGAUCCGAGAGCGGCAAAGGCUUGACAAGUUCCGCACUGCGUGGGAAGAGACUGAUGGCUGAGGUUGGAGGUAGGUCCAGAACGUCUGAGGCCUGAGCCUUGGGGCGCUCCGGGCUCCUAACCCCACCCUACAGAUACUAUCCCUAGAUCGAACCGUGAGUUCCAAAGCUGUGCAAUACUGACGACCAUCAUCAUGUCCAUCCCCGGAGUCAACGCGUCCUACUCCACUCCGGAGAGGCUGAACAGCCCAGUGACCAUCCCCGCAGUGAUGUUCAUCUUUGGGGUAGUGGGCAACCUGGUGGCCAUCGUAGUAUUGUGCAAGUCGCGCAAGGAGCAGAAGGAGACGACCUUUUACACUCUAGUGUGUGGGCUGGCUGUCACUGACCUACUGGGCACCUUGUUGGUAAGCCCAGUGACCAUCGCCACAUACAUGAAGGGCCAAUGGCCCGGAGACCAGGCACUGUGUGACUAUAGCACCUUCAUCCUACUUUUCUUCGGCCUGUCGGGUCUCAGCAUCAUCUGUGCCAUGAGCAUUGAGCGUUACCUGGCCAUCAACCACGCCUACUUCUACAGCCACUACGUGGACAAGCGGCUGGCCGGCCUCACACUCUUCGCGGUCUACGCAUCUAAUGUGUUGUUCUGCGCGCUGCCCAACAUGGGCCUGGGCAGGUCCGAGCGGCAGUACCCCGGCACCUGGUGCUUCAUCGACUGGACCACCAACGUAACGGCCUACGCCGCCUUCUCUUACAUGUACGCGGGCUUCAGCUCCUUCCUCAUCCUCGCCACCGUGCUCUGCAAUGUGCUGGUGUGCGGCGCGCUGCUCCGCAUGCACCGCCAGUUCAUGCGCCGCACCUCGCUGGGCACCGAGCAGCACCACGCGGCCGCCGCCGCUGCGGUGGCUUCGGUGGCCUGUCGGGGCCACGCGGCCGCCUCCCCAGCCCUGCAACGCCUCAGCGACUUUCGCCGCCGCAGGAGCUUCCGGCGCAUCGCGGGUGCAGAGAUCCAGAUGGUCAUCUUACUCAUCGCCACUUCUCUGGUGGUGCUCAUCUGCUCCAUUCCGCUCGUGGUGCGAGUGUUCAUCAACCAGUUAUAUCAGCCGAGUGUGGUGAAAGACAUCAGCAGGAACCCAGAUUUGCAGGCCAUCAGAAUUGCUUCUGUGAACCCCAUCCUGGACCCCUGGAUCUACAUCCUUCUUCGGAAGACUGUGCUCAGUAAAGCCAUAGAGAAGAUCAAGUGCCUCUUCUGCCGAAUUGGAGGUUCUGGCAGAGACCGCUCGGCCCAGCACUGCUCAGAGAGUAGGAGGACAUCUUCUGCCAUGUCCAGCCACUCUCGCUCCUUCCUCUCCCGGGAGUUAAGGGAGAUCAGCAGCACGUCUCAGACCCUCCUGUACCUGCCAGACCUAACUGAAAGCAGCCUCGGAGGCAGGAAUUUGCUUCCAGGUCCACAUAGCAUGGGCCUGACCCAAGCAGACACCACCUCGCUGAGAACUUUGCGAAUUUCAGAGACCUCAGACUCCUCCCAGGGCCAGGACUCUGAGAGUGUCUUGUUGGUGGAUGAGGUUAGUGGGAGCCACAGAGAGGAGCCUGCCUCUAAAGGAAACUCUCUGCAAGUCACGUUCCCCAGUGAAACGCUGAAAUUAUCUGAAAAAUGUAUAUAGUAGCUAAAGGGAGAGAGAAAGCACUGUUUUGGAAUCUGAUAAAAUCCUGUGCAAUAGACGUAAUAUGUUUAGCUGUACUCAGAAGGGCUGUCUCCAUCUAGGACUCCUCCUAGAGAACAUUCGAGCUCCUGAGGACUCUUCAAGGCUGCAGAUGGAGGACCUUGAGCACCCCAGGCCUGAAGCACAUUGGCUGCCAUUCUGAUGUGACUCAAGAUGCAACUUGGCAGCUUUUUUUCUACUGGACAGGAAGAUGGCAGAAGCUACGCCAUUGUCAUAGCAAAAGAGCUUUCUAUUUGGCACAUACCAGGGGUACAGCUACUGGAAGGGCUUUACCCCAAACUCUGAGGACUACCUUACAGCUGACUCAAGUGUCUCACUAAAGCAUGAAAUGUGAAUUUUUAUUGUUGGAAAUAUAAUUUAAGGUAUUUAUGUUCUUCUCUGUGAGAAGGUUUAUUGUUAAUACAAGGUAUAAAAAACAUAUGCUAUGCCCUCUCCUGCCAAUAUAACCAGCUAAUAUUGUCGAUGUUAUUUUUUUCCCAUAAACAAGUUCAGGCCAAGAUGUUGAAAAUGGAGUGAAACUAAUAUCUAUAAAAUAGAUAUACAUUUUAAAAAUAGUUUAGUAUCAUCAAAGAAAAAAGAAAAAUAAAUAGUAUUUAAGAUGUGAAAAAUAAACAAUCUAAAAUUUAUUUUCCAAGCUAUAUAUAAUAAUGAAAAAAAACUAAAACAUAAUAUUACAUUUAUUUAUCCAGAAAACUGUGAUUUCAGGAGUAGCUAACAUUGUCGGUAAAUAUUUUCAACCUUUGUCCCCACAAAUUGGUAUUUUUAAAGAUGUAACAUACUUUUUUUUUAAAGUAUCUAGCUACCCAUAAGGGAAGUAUAUAGUAUAAAAAGUCUAAGUAGCUUAUUCUGUCCUGAAAGUGUGUGUAGUUUUACUUGUUCAACAGAAUGUCCGACCGCAUCCUUUUAAAACUUAAAGAGAAAGACAACUUCACAGAAAGAGACCCAGAUGGCUCUCUGGUGUGGUUUCCUCCCAGUUGUGUGUGUCAGGAGACUGACAAUUUAGUAACUCCCAGUAAUGCUGUGCUUGUGCUUGGAGGAGCUUUCUCAGAGAAAUAUCAAGCAUGUUUUGUUGCUUAACAUGUCCUUGUGAAUUGCUUGGUUGUGGUUAAAUUCUGAGCCGGAUACUGAUAUGAGUUUAAAGAGUAGCUGAACCAACUGAAAUUAUUACAGAGAUUACAAUAAAUAAUUGCAUUCAAUCUGAGUUCCAUAGUCUCAAUUUUGGAAAAGAUUAACAGAUUUUUUCUUGCUGUUUUGUUUUGGAACACUUAUGUCAUUUUAAAUUUAAAGGGUUGGUUGGUUGGUUGGUUGGUUGGUUGGUUGGUUGGUUUUGUUUUGUCUGAAGCUUGAAGACCCUUCUAUUCUAUUUUAAAGAAAAACUCCAAGACAGCAAGUUGUAAAUCUCACCAGCUGCCCACAGGAGAAGGACAGAGAAGAGAGUAAAGGUCUUGCCACUCAGUUAAGUGGACAUGGAGAUCAGCGACAUAGCAGACAAGCAGCCACAUGGUCAGAAGAGGCACUUUAGAGAAUAAGGAAGCCCAAAGUACCAAAAAAGCACAUGUAGGCUUUAGCCAGCAUCUGAAAAGAAUAAAAAGGAAAAAGUCAUGCCUUUCUGGGUGAGGACUCUGCCAGAUGGGCAGACCCAAAAGGAGUUCAUGGCAGACAUGAAGUGACUGCAUAGGUGGGGAGGAAUUCAGGAAAAAUGCAUUAUCUCUAGGCGGAGAGUAGAGAUAUGUCAUGUCUGCUGAGUUAAUCCUGUUGGCCCAAUCAAUCAAGAGACCAAGGGACUAUACCCUCAGGAAGUAGGGUCCACCUUAAGCUAUGCUAAAGAGACAGGAGGGAUUAACUAUCUCCUUAAUGAGGUAAAUUAAAAUUUUUAAACUGAUUUUUAAACAUAAUUUUAAAAUAAUGUUAUUAUUAAAUUGUCAAGCAUAGUCUAAAACCUUAGGAACCAUGAUCCAAGUGACAGACAACAAGUACUCGAUUUCACCAGUUUGUGUCACUGGUGGGAGAAUCAGUUAGGCUUAACUAGCUUCAUGUUCAAUAUUCAAACAAUUAUCACCAACUAUUGACAUUAAUACUUCCUAUUUGCUUGCUCCAUAUCAGUGUUUCUAAAAUGUUAGCCUGCAUAAGUCAUCUAUAGAACCUUUUUUUUCUUCCUUCCAGCUCUCCUCUCCUCCCUUCCCCUUCCCUCCAUCUCCCCUCUCUACCUUACCCCUUCCUAACUCGACUCUCCUCUCCUUCCCUCCCUAGUGACCCACCUCCAUCUCUCCAGAAUCCUGCCCUAUGGUUCAUGCUGGCCUGUAAAACUCCUGUGGUGUGCUGAGAUUACAGAACUGCACCAGCACAUCCAGCAAGGCUCCAAUUCAGUAGGUGUGGGUAUCUACAUUUUUAAAGUGUUCAUACAUGACACUGAUGCUGCCAGUUUUGGUAUAAACUUUAGCAAUAAUCUCUAGGCUUGAAGUCACAAUUUACUAUUUGCAAAUGUUGAAAGAUAUUUUUAGAGAGUGGCAAAAAAGCAAGACAUAAUCUUUGCAGGCCUCCAUGAACAUGAUCUAUAGAGAUCAUCCAUCCCUAGAUUUAAUAUAUAAAUUAAUGUAUAUAUAACUUCAUCUAUGUCCAUAGAGCAAGCAAAAACCUCAUUCAUGAAUUAGUAUUACUAAUAAGCAAGACAUAGCUCAUGCAUGUUUACCUCAGAUUCACUAUCCAGAACACUGACUUGGCUUAGUCUUGUUUACUGAAAUAGUCACAUACAUUUGUCCUUUAAGGUAUACUGAGAUAGUCUCUUGACAUUUGUUCUUUAAAGUAUACAUCCUUUGAAAUGUUUUAGUAUGUUCAACUAAGAUAAUGCAGCUAUCACUGAUGUCCAAUUCCCAAACAUUUUUAUCAUCCCCAGAAGGAAUCACAUGCCACCUGCAAUCAAUGGCCAUUGUUCUCAGCCCCAGUCCUUCAAAACCAAUAUGCCUAUGGAUUUCUCUAUUGUGAACACUUUAUACAAAGAAAAUAAUGUAAUUACUGGCAUUUUUGUUGUCCAUCGUAAUGGUAGAAUAACAUUUUCAUGAGUGGGUAGUAUUAGUCAGUACGUUAGCCCUUUUUAUGUCUGAAUAACAGCCCAUGAAAUAGAUGUACUAAUUUUCUAAUUGAUCAGUCUGCACUGAUCUCACUCUUCGGCUACUGUAAAUAUGCUAAGAACUUUCUUGUAUACAAAUGUUUUUAAUCCUUUUGGGCUUGUAACUGGGAAUGAAACAGCUGGGACAUACAAUAAUACUAAGUUCAGUGUUUUGAGGCAACGUUGAACUGUUUUCCACAUGACUGUACCAUUUUACAUUCCCACCAGCAGCAUAUAAGACCUUGAUUUUUCAAUAACCUGUCAACAUUACUGUAGUUUUUAUUAUAGCCAUCUAAUGGGUAUGCAGUAGUUUAAUUGCAUGUCCCAUCAAUUGAUGAUAUUUUGAAUGCAUAUACAUAUAGAAAUUGUCUACUUCUAUAUUUUAGAGAAAUGUCCAUUGAAGAAUUUUUUUUUUAAAGUUUUAGUGGUUUAUCUGGGUACAAUAAUCAGCCAAGGCUGCCACAAUAAAUGCUCUGGAGUAUGUCUUAACCAACGGAAACUUAUUUUCUCAGAGUUCUAUUGGCUGGAAGGUGUUGGCAGGGUUGGCUUCUCUUGAGGCUUCUCUUGUUGGCUUGACAACUUUCCCAAUACAUUCCCACAUGGCCUAUGUGUGUAUUUCCAUGCUGUGUGAAAACCUCCACUUACCCCACCCCAUUACAAAAACACCAGGCAUCCUGGAAAGGACCUCACAUUGAUACCCUACCUGUAAACGCUUUAUCUACAAAUACCAUCAUAGUAAGGAAUUUGAGAGUCAACAAAUGAACUUGACAGAUACACAAUUUCAUUUAUUGUCGAAUCUAGUAUAUACUUUAAGAACAGCCAAGGAAAAGAAAGCCAUCACUGUUCCAUCCUCUGGUCCAUAGUGGGUUGUAAGAUUCAACAGCUACAUAAUAAAGACUGUUGUAUUGUUCAUUC